UUGGUCAUUCAUUCAAUCACACAGUUUAUAUUUGUCAUGUCAUAUUAAUACGUAAUUUUUGACGAGACCCUCACUGCUACAAUUUCAUUUUUAUGUUAUUGAAAGCACAAAUAAUAAAAUGGUUGAUCCGAUAUUCGACUACCAGUUUAGGCUAAUAUUAAUCGGUGAUAGUACAGUGGGAAAAAGUUCUCUAUUGAAGUAUUUUACGGACGGGAAAUUCGCGGAGUUAUCUGAUCCAACGGUUGGCGUAGAUUUCUUCGCAAGGAUUAUCGAAGUACAAGAUGGUACCAGAAUUAAAUUACAACUAUGGGACACAGCUGGUCAAGAGAGAUUCAGAUCUAUUACCAAGUCUUACUACAGAAAUUCCGUGGGCGCUUUGUUAGUGUACGAUGUGUGUAAUAGGUCUAGUUUCGAGCACAUACCUCUUUGGAUGAUGGAGGCAAAGAGGCAUAUAGAGCCACACCGGCCAGUGUUUGCUCUGGUGGGAUGUAAAAUUGAUUUGGUUGGUGAUAACAAGAACAGUGCCAGAAGAGAAGUCACCUGUGAAGAAGCUAGGCUGUUUGCUGAAGAGAAUGGACUACAUCAUGUGGAGACAUCGGCAAAAAGUGGUUUAAAUGUCGAAGAGGCCUUCGUACUAGUUGCUCAAGAGGUUUACAACCGUAUACAAACAGGAGAAUACAAAGUUGAGGAUGGCUGGGAUGGCAUUAAGACAGGCUUCAACCGUCCCAAUGGUAUGGAUUUUAAUUUGUUAGAAGCCGAAACUGUCCAGUCCACUUGUUGUUAGGUAAUAAAUAACAAUGUACAUAUGACUCACAGCUAGCAUAGUAUAGUUUAAGAGUAAUUUUAUAUAUAGUUAAGGAACAGAUGCAGAUCCACAUCCUUAGAGGAUAUCCAUAAAUUAACUCACAUGUGUCACAGUCCUUGUCACAGUUCAUCCUAUUUGUGACAUUCCCUACCCCCUAGUGUGACAUGACAUUUUGCAACAAGAAAUUAUUAAAUCAAAACUCUGUUUUAGUACACUACAUGUAUUACAUUUUAAAAGAGACAUCACAUAUUUUACCUUUUUCACACCUUGUCACACUUUUUUGACCCCCUCUCUCCCCAUAACAUGUGACGUAAUUUAUGUAUAGCCCAUAUUCAUUAAAGCAUUGAAGGUCUAACUAAUCUAUUUUAGCAAUGUCUAUCAUCCCUU